UGUGGACCUCAAUGUUCUGGAAUGGACUGCAGUUCUCAUGCUGAAGGAACUUCACUCCAACUACCAGAGGGAGAAGAAUGUACUGCAAAAGCUCGAGAAGAGUUUGGAUAGGGUAGAUUGUACAUUCCUGCACCUGUGUCUGAAAUCUACUGUGAUGAAAGCAAGGAGAGAGACGUGUGCUCAGGGAUCAAUAUUAGCAGCAUAUCAGUCCUGGGAAAAUUGGCCUGAGAUCAACUUCCCUCAUUGCAAAGACUUGGCUAUAUUCUGGAUGGCACAUCAUGGUCACUCAGACCUGGACAGGAGGGUUAGACCAUUCUCAGGAUUCUCACUGCAGCAAGAAGUUCUGGAGUUGCUUCUGUCAAGACAGGAAUGGGAGAGGGAGUAUUUGAAAAAGCUACUACACAGUUUUACUUCUGAGGAACUGCAGACUGAAAUUACAUCAAAUAACGAACACACCUCAAAGUUUUUGAUAGGAAAACAUACAGAAGCUUCUUAUACCUUAAGAAAGCACUGUGCAAUGAAACUGAGGCAGUUAAAGGCGGUAUCUGAAAGUCAGAUACAAGGAACAUCGUGGGCAGACUGUGCUGUAAACUUGCUUUCUAACCUAAUGGAGCAACAAGAGAAGGAGACCAGACAUAUUCUAAGGGCAAUGGUAGAUAUGAAUGAAGAGCUUCUUAUCUCUAUUCAAGAAAAAUAUGAAGCUGAGCUGGAAAACCAGCAGCUGGACAAUCUUCUUCAGCUUGUGCUUCCUCAGUCAAGUCAACGCAACACACCACCCUUUGAAAAAGAGCACACAGGGGUCUUCAUUUCUGAGGGAAUUAAGAGUUUAUUUAAAGAUCAUUGCUGUCAAAUACAUCUCAAUGACUUCUCUGAAAUAGUCAAACUAUUUUAACGGAAUUGGAAAUGCAGAAAAUCAAUAUAUUAUAUGUAUUAACAUGAAAUCCAUGGUUAUAAAUGUACACAGCCUCCUCAGAUGGAGUUUUCUCUCAAAGCACAUAAGUUUUUAAAGUAUGCAUACAGAUAUGAAAAAAUAAAAGAUCCAUUUUAGCCAAAUAGCUUCAGCGAUAUUGACCUUGCCACCACUUGAUGAAUUAAUGACAUAUUUCUUAAUGACAGAUUUGUGAAAGGAGUGGUCCUGCACCAGAACCCUUUGAAAUGCAUGAGAUCAGUUCAGAGGGCCAUCAAGACUUUGAAAGGACAGCAGAAAAAAAACAGGAUAGUCAGUCUGAUUACCAGGAAGGAGAGGAUGUCUGCUCAGCUUGUGGUAAUGUUUUCAGCUCUGAAGAAGCUCCCUAUUUAGAAGUAGUAUGUGCAGCAGACAGUACCCAGGGCCAGUUUGGACUGGAAGGAAUUGGUGUAGAAGGAGAAGAAAUAACAUCUCAAGCUGAGGCAAACUUUGAAAAACAAGGUUCUCUGAUUGCUGUUGCUUGGAGCAAACAAACAGAACAAUCUAUAGAUGACACGCCACUUCCUGAAGAAUCUGAAAACAUUGAAGCAGACUUUCCAAAUGAGCUCGAACGGGAGUUAAUCACAAUACCUUCUGAGAAGCAGCCAGAAGAGAUAUCCCAUGAUGCCGCCAGUGAUUCAGUCUUUGUUAAUGACACACUACAAGCUGAAAAAGAACAGGACCAACCUAUUGAAAAAGCUCCCUCUGCUGCCCAAACAGAGGCCAAGUGUUUCCAGCAUGCCAUGACUGUAGUACACAUUUCUGAGAUGGAGAGAGAAGAGACAAUGAGAAGCCUAGUAGACAUGCAAAGAAAAGCUGAAAGCAAGUAUCAGAGGGACAAGGAAAGACAAAUGCUAAGGGUUCAAGAACGCCUGUCCAUCAUCCAGAAUAGAAAAUCUGAUGAAGACCUGCUGGGAAACAAGCAAGGAAAAGGGCUCAUGCAUCUUAUGGAAAAUUUUAAAAAGGCAAUUAUGUUUAUUUUGCUUGGCUGGAAAUGUACAGUGCCUUGCAAAAGUAUUCACCAACUUCAAAUGCUGUCCCAUUUUGUUGAAUGAUUCUGAAGCAGGUCAGAUGAAUAACCAUGUUUUUCAAUUGCUACCUUAAAAUGAUCUAUAGCACAUGAAUGACCCUGGAAUAUAAUAUAGUUCAAAUCAAUCCCCCAUCAAACUCAAUGACCAAAAUAUUAAGUUAGCAUAAAAAAAUCAAUGUCCUUGAUUGGUAGUAGCGUAGUAGAAUGUUUUUGGUAUUUUAUGCUCUGAAGAAAGCAGAUCACAAGACCAGGAGCAGUAAAACCAGUGAAGUUUAAAAAUAGAGAAAAAGACUACAUUAAGUCUCUGCUCACGUUUAGAGAAGCUAAUGCAGGGCUCACAAAAUACUUAUCACUGGGGUAUGAAUACAUUUUGAACAUCAUCUGUUAUACAUACUGUACAUGUAACUGUUUUUGAUAGAUGCUGUAUUUACACAUAUAAUAUUAGAAGUCAUACAAGUCUUCAUUGUAAAAGUAAUUUGAUCAUGCUGUAAUUGUCACAAAGUGUUAAUCAGGACCCUGUGCAGAUGGCAGAAUCAGGAAGGGAGUGAAACAAACACGGGGGAGAGAAGACUAGGAAAGGGGCUGGUAGACGAACAGGGGGGCAUGUCGACAGUGCACUAGUGCUCGGGGGGGCAUAGUCCAGCCGAACAAGU